CCAAAUUUCAAUUUCCAACUCCACCAUCAAAAUUCAACCACCAUACACACACUUCCCAAAAUCUUAGAUAAACCCAGUUGAAUUCAACCCCAAAUUUCCCAAACCCCUCUCCAAGUUUUCAUUUUUUCACCCAAAAAUCCAUGUUUCGAUCCUAAUUUUCCCUCGUUUUCCUUCGUUUUCCUUCAUUUUCCCGGAAAAUUCCUUACGCCCCCAAUGGCCGCGGCGCUCAGAUCCAAGCCCUCCAGAGACACGGCGUCGUCCGCCGUCUCCCAAUUCAGGUACUUUGUCUUGAACUACAUGCACGCCAGCAGGGUGGCCAGCUCUCACUAUGCCCACCGCACCAAAAGCGAGGACUUGUUCAUGAACACUCCCUACCACUUCACUUCCUUCAACCCGGUGUUGCUCGGCGGCAAAUUUGUUGGAAAGGGUUCGCAGAUUUUCAAUCACCCGCGAGCUUCCCAGAGAGUUAGCAAGAAUAGUGAUAAGAAUUGGGGACGGAAAUUGAGCAGCAGCAGGUGUAACACUGUUGUGUCGUCUCAGGGGGACCCGCCGGAGGUGUGGUCCGGUGAUGGAAUUGUGGUUCGGACUGCUCCCGGCUCGAAUUUGGUUCGUGGAGGAGGCGGUGGAGGCGGUCCGAGCCCUGGCUCGGGAGGUGGUUUCGAUUCGAAUUCGAAGGAUGAUAAUUGGGGUGGUUCCAAUUUGGGGAAUAAUUUUCCUACUCCGAAGGAAAUUUGUCAGGGGCUUGACAAGUUUGUAAUUGGGCAAGAGAAGGCCAAGAAGGUGCUAUCUGUUGCUGUUUACAAUCACUAUAAGAGGAUAUAUCAUGAGUCCCUGCAGAAGUGGUCCACAGGAGAUUCAAGUAACGGGAAAGUAGAUGCAACGGAUGACGAUAGAGUGGAGCUUGAAAAAAGUAACAUUCUUUUAAUGGGGCCAACAGGCUCAGGGAAGACACUACUCGCCAAAACCUUGGCACGGUUUGUGAAUGUUCCAUUUGUUAUUGCAGAUGCAACAACAUUAACUCAAGCAGGAUAUGUAGGGGAAGAUGUGGAGUCAAUUUUAUACAAACUCCUUACGGUUGCCGAUUAUAAUGUAACAGCUGCACAGCAGGGAAUUGUUUAUAUUGAUGAAGUUGACAAGAUUACCAAAAAGGCUGAGAGCCUAAAUAUUAGUAGGGAUGUAUCUGGAGAGGGAGUUCAACAGGCUUUACUUAAGAUGCUGGAAGGGACCGUUGUCAAUGUUCCUGAGAAGGGAGCUCGAAAGCACCCUAGAGGUGAAAACAUUCAGAUUGACACAAAGGAUAUUCUCUUCAUAUGUGGUGGUGCCUUUAUUGACUUAGAGAAGACAAUCUCAGAAAGACGCCAAGAUUCUUCUAUUGGGUUUGGUGCCCCCGUUAGGGCAAAUAUGAGGACUGGCGGUGUUACAGAUGCUGCUGUUACAUCAUCCUUAUUGGAGAUUGUUGAAAGUAGUGAUCUUAUACGAUAUGGGUUGAUACCAGAAUUUGUUGGCCGGUUUCCCAUCCUUGUCAGCUUGUCAGCACUAACCGAAAAUCAAUUGGUUGAGGUCUUGACAGAACCAAAAAAUGCCCUCGGGAAGCAAUACAAGAAGAUGUUCCGAAUGAAUGGAGUCAAACUGCAUUUCACAGAAAGUGCAUUGAGAUUAAUUGCUACAAGGGCAAUAUCAAAAAACACUGGGGCUCGUGGCUUACGAGCAAUUUUAGAAAAUAUAUUGAUGGACGCCAUGUAUGAGAUACCUGAAGUUAGAACAGGCGAUGACAUAAUAGACGCAGUUGUAAUUGAUGAAGAAGCCGUUGGAUUGGACGGCAAGGGUUGUGGAGCUAAAAUCCUUUAUGGCAAGGGUGCAUUGGAUCGCUAUCAUUCGCAGAAUAAGGCGAAGGAUGCAGAGCAGAUUGCAACACCGGAGGGCACCGAUGGAGAGCCGGAGGCGGAAACAGAGCUUUCUUCCGUUGUUGCUAGCAUGUAAACUUGGCUUUUGUUGGACCUUAUUUGUAUCCCUAAAUCCCAAUCUUGUACAUAAUAAACAUUAAUUUAAUAAAUCAGAUAAGCGUCAUGUAUAAUUUUUUUUAA